GCCCAAGAAUUAGUGAGUUAUUCGACUUAAAUUAAAUAUUUUAUUCUAAUAUGUUUAUGCUAAUUAAAUAUGUAUGUUCAUGUAGAACCUAUCGAAUGACCCUUCUUAUCGGGCGACUUUAUGGAAAGAAGCAAGAAAAGGAAAGAAUAAUGAAUACUUUGAUGAAGUUACUCGAGAAUGUGUCAAUCGGAUUGAUAAAUUGGCUGAAGUUCAUGAAGGUGAAGAUGUUUCUCACCGAGGCAUUGGGUACGGAAAGAACAUUGGGGACGUGUUAGAGGAAUGGGUGAUUUUGUUUCCAUUCUCAAUAUUUCAAAUUAGUGAAACUAACAUCCUCUAUGAGCCAAGAUAUUGAAGGAGGCUCUAGUAAAAAAAAAUGUUCGACAUGGUAAAAUGUCAAGAGAAAGAACUCACAGCAAAACAAUUUCAUUAGUUUAAAUCAUUUGUUAGAAGUGUUGCACUAAGUGCAUCUGAAGAAGAUACUGAGAAGAUGUCUAAAGAAGAAGAUACUGAGAAGAUGUCUAAAGAAGAUUUGGAGGGGACACCAUGCCACUUGACUAUAGGAACUGUAGAUAAUAUUGUUGCAGUAGCCACGACAUUUGAUGAUGAUGUGUCAUGCUUAACUGUUAAAGUUCUGACUGACAUUGUCAUUAGAGAAGAUUUGCCUAUACCAAUUCUUGUGAAGGGUAAAAUAGAAUUCUUAAAGCAAGCAAUGCGCAACUUCGUAAAAUUGCCUCGUGAACUUGUAGUUAUGGUUGACGAGAAAAAAGAUCAUUCACCAAUUAAGAGCUUCAGUCAGUCCUCCAAAUAUACUAACGCUAAUGGUACUAUCAAAUUAUUGAAUGGACAUGCCAUGCAUAACAUGAACGAUGUAGACAUGAUCCGUAUCUCUUUGGACGAGUAAUAUUUUGGUAAAGACAAAUUUAUUUAUUUAGGCCGCGAUGAUCUGCUCCAAUAUUGCAAUAUAGUUGAAAUAGGCUAUAUGUGUAUUUUGACAUACAUUGCGUAAGUAUUACUCAUAUAGAUUCACUCAUGUAUACUUUGUUUCAUGUUGAUAAAU